GUCAGAACUUGGAGGGGGGGGCUGACGUCUCCUGGCGGGUGGCGGUGUUGGAGACGAGAGCUUGCUUAGCCGGUAUUGCUUCCGUCCCAGGAACCGACGGAAAGAGAGGGAACGAGGGUCGCUUUCGGGGGCUGCUGACUUCCACGUACGCGUCGUCGUGAGGAGCCGCAGCCCGGACUCUCCUGCAACCCCUCCGGCUUCCUUUCCGCACGUCUCGAGGCAGCGGCGACAGAGACAAGCGUCUCAGCUCCCCCCACCCCUUCCCCUUGUCCCCCCCGCCCGAAAGGGCCCUUUCUGCGCCCCACCCCCGCCCGCCCGCUACGCCGCCGCCAUGUCGGCGCAGGCCCAGAUGCGCGCGAUGCUGGACCAGUUGAUGGGCACCUCCCGGGACGACUAAGAGGAUUUACCCAUGAACUCAUGUUUACAAGUCCACGAUAUUAUUUUAGCUGAAAUGACUGGAUUUUCACUGCUGUGUUGGGCUAGAAGGCCCUGGUGGUGGCAACCGCCUGUGUGCCACUGAAAAUCGUGCCGAUGCCUGGCAUACUGCAUAAAUGGAAGCAGGGUACCGCGUUCAAUGUAUCUAUGCCUGCCUACUUCAAUCUGCAAGGGAGUGUCAGAAAGGCCCCGCAUUCGCCGAGCCGAGACACUACUCGUCAACGAAUCAAAUUCAGUGAUGACAGAGUAUGCAAGAGUCACCUUCUCAACUGUUGCCCCCAUGAUGUCCUGUCUGGAACUAGAAUGGAUCUUGGAGAAUGUCUGAAAGUCCAUGACCUGGCUUUAAGAGCAGAUUAUGAAAUCGCAUCCAAAGAACAAGAUUUUUUCUUUGAACUUGAUGCUAUGGAUCAUCUGCAGUCAUUCAUUGCAGAUUGUGAUCGAAGAACAGAAGUGGCUAAGAAAAGAUUAGCAGAAACUCAAGAAGAAAUUAGUGCUGAAGUUGCAGCAAAGGCAGAACGUGUUCAUGAGUUAAAUGAAGAAAUUGGUAAAUUGUUGGCCAAGGUGGAGCAGCUAGGAGCUGAAGGAAAUGUGGAGGAAUCCCAGAAAGUAAUGGAUGAAGUGGAAAAAGCACGGGCAAAGAAAAGAGAAGCAGAGGAAGUUUAUCGGAAUUCUAUGCCAGCUUCCAGUUUCCAGCAGCAGAAACUUCGAGUCUGUGAAGUUUGCUCUGCCUAUUUAGGUCUUCAUGAUAAUGACAGACGACUGGCUGAUCAUUUUGGGGGUAAACUGCACCUGGGAUUUAUUGAAAUAAGAGAGAAGCUUGAAGAAUUAAAGAGAGUUGUAGCUGAGAAGCAGGAGAAAAGAAACCAGGAGCGCCUGAAGAGAAGAGAAGAAAGGGAGAGAGAAGAAAGGGAGAAGCUGAGGAGGUCUCGAUCACAUAGCAAGAAUCCUAAAAGAUCCAGGUCCAGGGAGCAUCGCAGACAUCGCUCUCGCUCCAUGUCACGAGAACGGAAAAGGAGAACUCGAUCCAAAUCCCGGGAGAAACGCCAUCGCCACAGAUCCCGCUCCAGCAGCCGUAGUCGCAGCCGCAGCCACCAGAGAAGUGGGCACAGUUCUAGAGACAGGAGCAGAGAGCGAUCGAGGAGGAGAUCCUCAAAAGAAAGAUUCAGAGACCAAGACUUAGCAUCACGUGACAGAGACAGGAAUUCAAGAGACAGAUCACCUCGUGACAGAGAUCGAAAAGAUAAGAAGCGGUCCUAUGAGAGCGCUAAUGGCAGAUCAGAAGACAGGAGGAGCUCUGAAGAGCGCGAAGCAGGGGAGAUAUAAUUAGCUGUGUACAUAUCCUCAAUCCUUAAGCUUCUUCUGGAGUUACAUACUGUUGUUUAGUUUACAGCUGUUUGGGGUGACGCAGUGAGCAGUUCCAGACACCGACCAGCUAGGCUAGGUGUACAGCAUCUAACUCAGUCUGUACUUGUUUUCUUUGAUGAAGCCUAAAACUAUAUCCGUAGUUUCUGGUGAACCUGUAAUACACUUCUGAAAGUCCAGUUUUAUAUAAUAAGACACAGAUGUCUUUAUUCUUUCUAGUAGGACUGAUAGUGAAUAAAUUGUGUUACUUGCCUUGGGAUUUUUUGAACAUUUGUAAAAUGCUGUCUUCCUCUCUAGUCCCAAACAACAGCGACUUUGGGAAUUUCUUUUUAAUCCUUCUUCCUUUGACUCUAUACCCCUGACACUUCUACCCUCUAGUGGUAAGAGAAAGGGGUACAAGGAAGCAAUAUAACUUCUGUUCUAAGGUUCUAUUCCCAUUAUUAAUUACUAGCUGAUUACAGUUCAGAACAUUUAUACUGGAAUGUGUGCUGGAGAAAUUUAAAAUACAAGGAGUUCUGUUUGUCUAACGGUGCCUAUUUUAGAGUUGGAAGUUGAACAGCUGUUGCAUUACAUACUUUGCUUUUUUAUUGAAAUUUUGAAAUCAAACAUGUCUUGAUUUUUCUGUUCUUCUUGAAUAGCUACAUUCAGGAUGUUUUGAGAUGGGGGGUGGGGGCAGGGACUUUCAUAAGCACUUGUUUUAUUUUGUGUGUGUGGAGUACAAAGAUGACACCCUUAUUGUAAAAAAUAAUAAAGUGAAAGAAUCACCACCACCAUCAUUAAACUGUAACUUGUCUAGUAAAUUGUCACUAGAGCUAUUUGCUGUGGCCAUUUCUAUUCUGUUAUUAUAGUGCCUUACUGUGCAAGGCACCAAAGGAAAUAAAUAUAUACUUACAAAGAUUCAAGAUGAAUUGUUGCUCCACCUGGGCCCUUGCUGACUAUAUUCGAGCUGCUUCAGGACUGUAACAGCCACUGUAGAGAAGGACCAGACCUGCAGAAGAAAUUGGGUUUGUUUGUUUUGUUUUUCUUCACAUUGAGCAAACCGAAAUAAAAACAUGGUGUAACCAAUGUAAA